CCGUAUCGUGUUUCUGUUUACCUGGAGACUUUGAACGCAGCAUGCAAACAUUUCCCAGCCCUCUGAUUGGUCCGUCAGCCUCUGUUUUGAUCACGUGACAGCAGAGAUGGCCGCCUGCAGCCGGAGCAGAGAUGGUCAGGACAGCAUACUGGAGGCGCUGUGUUUUCCAGAGCAGCCAGCUGAUGGCACCAGUGCUCCCAGUCUGCAUAGUGUCGGUGAAGAGCUGCUGGUGUGUCUGUUCUGUCCCGAGUCCGUCCCCCUGCAGCUGAAAGACGUCCUCCUCAAACACCUGCUGCUGGAGCACAAGCUGGUCAUCGCCGACGUCAAACUCAUCGCAGACCUCCCAAAGUACAUGUUGUACUGGAAGGGCAGAUUCUUGGAGCAGCCGGUCACAGAUUUCUGCAGCGUGAUCAAGACGAACUCCACCGGCCCCGUCGAGAAGCAGGAGGACUACUUCCUGAUGUGUGACGUCCUUCCAGAGGACCGAGUCCUCAGGGAGAACCUGCAGCAGAAACGACUGGAGGAGGUGCUGGAGCAGCAGCAGCAGGAGAGAGACGACAGCAGCUUCCAUCGUCUCUGCAUGUUCUGCAGCGACGAGUUCACCGGAAACAGGUCGUCGCUGCUGAACCACAUGGCCAGAGAACAUUCCUUCAGCAUCGGACUACCGGACAAUAUCGUCUACUGCAACCAGUUUCUGGACACUCUGCAGAGCAAACUGGACAGUCUGCGGUGUUUGUACUGUGAGAAAACCUUCAGGGAUAAAACCACGCUGAAGGAUCACAUGAGGAAGAAAGCUCACCGCCGCAUCAACGCCAACAAUAGCAUCUACGACCGCUUCUACGUCAUCAACUACCUGGAGCUGGGGAAGACCUGGGAGGAGGUGCAGAGUGAGGAUGACCGGGAGCUGGUAGACGACGGAGAUGAUGAUUGGUCGGACUGGCAGGCUCAUCCAGUCUCUGCUGUGUGUCUGUUCUGUGAUCACCAGUCAGAGACGAUGGACCAGAUCUACACACACAUGAAGGAGUCUCAUGGCUUUGACCUCCAUAGUCUGAGGACUGAACUCAACCUCCGCUUCUACCAGCAGGUCAAACUGGUGAACUUCAUCCGGCGGCAGAUCCACCAGAGCCGCUGCUACGGCUGCCAGGAGAAGUUUGACUCCAGAGACGACGUCCUCCGUCACAUCGUGGCUGAAGGUCAUGUGAUGAAGCUGCCAGACAUGUCGACCUGGAACCAACCACAGUAUUACUUCCCCACAUACGAGAACGACGCCCUCCUGUGUACGCUAUCUGACAGCGACGACGGUGAAAGGGACGAGGCAAGUCACGGCAGCGAGGACGUCCCGGUUAUCGCAGAGGACAUCUCCAACCUCAGAGCGCUAAAACAGAGCAGCGUCCUCAACCAGCUGCUGAAGAACAGAAGCUCCUGCAGCUAGACGAUGGACGAUGGACGGUUUUUAAUGUCGGGAUGGUCGGACUUCUUCGUUUUUGGACAAGUCUUCAUCAGACUAAGUGUCCUGUGUGCACCACAGCUGUGCAAAACCUGCGGAGAUGUCUUUGCACUUACAUACAUGUGGACAACACGGUAUCUUUCUUUUCAGCACUUAAACCGCUCUGUGAAAAACAAGUAAUUAACCCAAUCAUGCACCCGGAACAUGCACUUUAAAAGCAAUCAGAAGCCUUUUCAGAAGCUGCAUUUCAACAUUUACUUGCUACGAAUUUCCAUUCAAGCAACAGAGAUACAUUUAGACGUUAAGACGUAGAUGUUAAAUUUAUUACUUAAAGUAAAAAUUCUAUUGUAAAUUCAGAAACUAUAACCAGCACUGCAUGAAAGUAGGUGUCUCUCACAAGAACAAAAAGCAUCUUCCAGCUGUUUCUGUUGAAUAAAUGUUGUCUAACACCCGC